AUGUUUGGAUGUCAUCCGAAACAUUGGCCCGACAGGGACGGCCUCGGUCUGUGGCCCAGUGCCCAUAGAUCAGCCUCAACGACCUCACUGGUUGAUUUUGCGCUAUGUUACGUUUUUUUUUUUACUGUUUUUGCCUGCAGCAUACUGUCUGAAGGAACAGAAUCGCCGAGCGCCGGCGACUAG